AUGCCGUCGAAGGAAGGUAAACCUACCAGCGCAGCGUCUACUAGGCGCAGGACAAACGACGACGCAAGUGGAAGCGACAGCAGCCAGUUCAAGUCAUCCAGUCGCGUCAACAAGCGUACAGACAGCGACAGAAAGCGAACCCAGAACCGAAUCGCUCAAAAAUGCCUUCGCGAGAGGCGGGCAGCGAGUGACCGCCAUAUCGCCAAUAUGCUAGAGGCGAUGCAGUUUGCCACAGAGACUGACCAGGCAAAGCAAUACUCGAAGCUACUCGACACCCAGGUGAAGCUCGUCAAAGAUAAUCAAGAGAUGGAAGAUGCCCUGUUCCGGAUGCGAAAGAAGCUGCUCAGUCUGAGCAAUGCAGCUGCCAAUGCAGCCGAGGAUCCCGUAUUCGACAUGAUCUUUGGCCGGCAGGCACCACGGGAGGAUUCAACCGGCGAUGAGCAGCGCCAGGAAGUGGUUGAAGAGGAUUCGGCGGAAAUCAAUCAACCAAUCGUGCCAGAUAUGGAACUUGAGGCUGCAGCCCCAGCGAUAGAUACAACAUCUCCAGAGACCCCUGGGGCUGUUGCUUCUGUACAGCUUGAUGCUUCAACUGAUACAUUGGAUACUAUUCAUGUCAUGUUUGACAAUUAUAUGCUGCCCAGGGCAGAAAGUGAUCCACAGCUAUCUCAGGCGGGUUCUAUCGAAUGCAGCUUCACCUUUGACGAAUCAGACCUACUACAAACCGGUGCAUUCUUGCAGCCACUGGAAGAGAGUUCCAGCCAAUGCAACAUGUUUGGUGAUGCUACUUCUGCCCCACCACAGAACCUCCAUGCCAUGUUACAGGUUUCGCCGUGGGACAUGUACUCCUUUGCACCAACUCAGAAGCUUACGGUCUAUUCGGGCGUGGAAUUUAGCAGGAAGAUACUGCAGGCUGCAUCCAUAUGCGUCUCCCGCAUCCGGCAGAUGGCCCUAGCCAGGUACCUGAGCACAGAUCUGAUCACCAAGCAGGUCGCCGUAGCGACCGUCAAUAUGCUCGGUACAAACUCUGGCCUGCACCAAUACCUCUACGACGUCAACGGGGCGGCCUGUAUGGAAAGAACUGUCUACUGGAGACUAACGGGGGCCCGGCGCUCUCUCGUGCCUGAACCAUUUCGCCCAACCCCUCUUCAGUGUAGCUCACUGGCCACCUCGAUUGGUCCCGUCAUUGAUUUCGUCAACUGGCCCGAGAUCAGAGAUCAGCUUAUCCUCGCGGGUGGGAACGUCGAUAUGGAUGCAUUCAGUAGAGAUAUUGUGCUCAACACUGUUAUUGAAGUGCCAGGGCGUAAGCUAGCUGUCAAUGUGUUUGGUCAGCACAGGCACCAGAGAGGCCGACAAGAGGACGACAUGCAGAACACAUCGCUUGGUAGCAACAGUAACUGCUCACCAGUGUCCACUUCGACUUCUGGGAUAAAGAUACCUACUUCGGCCCUCGAUGAGGGCUGGGUCUACUUUGAGAUUGACCGAACCGACAGCGACUUCCAGUCCUGGGCAGCGGAUCCAGUGGAGGAGGCUCUGUCACGGCGGCUCUGGCGCAAGGUGCAGCAGCUGACCAAGGGAAUUGACCCGAAUCUGUUCUUACAGAAUGAGAACUGGUUAGAGGAUGCUCCGCGCAAUACACCCCUUGAGUCAGCACUAAGACGCAUUAAUCCAAAGCUUUGUGCCGAGACGACAAGGCUAGGCCGUCUGCUGGGUGACACGCCCUCAUGGAAGUUGAACAAAGAAUUGGCCAAUAAAUACCCCGUCCUUGACUUCUCCUCAAUUGCUGAGACUGGUGAUGAUAUGCUCCCGUCAUAUUCACCCGGAUUCAUCGGUCAAUAUCGCCCAGAAUCAGAUGUUAAAGAUAUGAACUGUAAUCGGGAGGCCAAGUCACCCACUACGUCGAAUAGGUACUCAGCAUGUGUCCUUUCUCUCAAAGGCAUUACCUGCGGUGCGUGCAUUGCCCAGAUAGAAGCUACAGUGAACGAAAUACCAGGCGUCACAUCUUGUCGAGUUUCUCUGGCGCUUUCGAGAGCGAUAAUAGAAUACAAUGGCGAUCUGGUACAACCCUUGGCUAUGGUAUCCUCGAUACAGGGGACGGGCUAUGAUGCCUGGGAACAGCCACCAUCGCAAGGACAUCGCAACCUACAGGAAACAUUGAAGACUCUGGAGGAAUCUGAGGCUGCAUGGAACCAGACCAACAAACAACUUCGCAGUAACUUUGGCAUUACAAGGUCUCUAUCUGCCACCAUCUUUGCUGUCUCCGUCGCCGGCACCUAUGCUCGCAGACCCAUUUAA